AUGCAUGCUUGGAUUCCAGAACGACCACACUAUCUAGAUGAAUUGAUUCGAUUAGAAGUGUGCAGGAGGGCUAACUAUGCAUGCCAUGCUUGCGGGGACUUGAAUGCACCGUAUCGUUGUGAAGAUUGUUUUUCGGUUGAUUUAUUUUGCCAUUCAUGCAUCAUUCAGCUCCAUCAAAAUGUACCGCUUCAUCGAGUCAAGCAAUGGCAGGCCGGAUAUUUUCACCAUACAACUUUAAAACACCUUGGCUUGCACAUCCAAUUAGGAGAUCACACCGGCGAGCCCUGCCGCAAUCCCAAACCUGCCCAAGAUAAUGAUUUUGUUGUAAUCAAUGUCCAUGGAAUACACGAAGUCACGCUUGACUUCUGUGACUGCACGAAUGCACCAUCCCACUACAGACAAUUUCUGCAUGGUCGCUUGUUUCCAGCAACUUCAACAGAUCCGAGGACUGCAGCAACAUUUGCAGUUCUCGAACAAUUUCACCUCCUUUUGUUUGAGUCCAAAGUCUCUGCUUAUGAAUUUUACCAUUGUCUUGCGCGUCGAAGUGACAACACAGGUGUUAAGCCUAUCAAGGUGACACUUGUUCCUUACUUCAGUCAGCACCAAACCCGUUACUGA